UUAAUUUCUCUCUCACACACACACUUCAGUGGUGUAUAUAUAAGGUGGAAAGAGGCGAGUAAGAAUAAAAUGCAAGCAAGUAUGGAGAAACCAGAGAAAUUAGAGGCAAUCCAAGAUAAGAAGAAGCAUAGAGGAUGGAAAGCUAUGCCAUAUAUCAUAGGAAAUGAGACAUUUGAGAAGCUUGGGACUAUUGGAACCACCUCCAACCUCAUGAUCUAUCUCACUACAAUCUUCAACAUGAAGCGCGUAUCGGCUGCUCUACUAAUCAAUAUCUGGUCUGGUACUACAAACCUGGCGCCAUUAUUCGGGGCGUUUCUUUCUGAUUCUUACUUCGGUCGCUUCAAGACGCUGGGAUUUGCAUCGAUCGCGUCUCUUAUGGGUAUGCUCCUUGUCAUGCUAACGGCGGCGAUCGCCAAAUUGCAUCCCCCACACUGUGGGACUCAUGAUGCUGGAUCUUGUGUGGGGCCCACACCAUUGCAAAUGGCUUUCCUACUAUUUGGUCUUGGAUUUCUAGUCGUCGGCGCCGGCGGAAUUAGGCCAUGUAACCUAGCCUUCGGAGCUGAUCAAUUCGAUCAGUCGACGGAGUCCGGUAGGCGGGGUGUCAACAGCUUCUUCAACUGGUACUUCUUCACCUUCACGUUCGCGAUGAUGGUUUCACUGACUGUAAUCAUCUACGUUCAAGAUAAAGUGAGCUGGGCCUUGGGCUUUGGGAUCCCUACAUUUCUAAUGUUCCUAUCAUGUGUGUUCUUCUUCAUCGGUUCGAGCGUCUAUGUUAAGAUAAAGCCCGAAGGAAGCCCAUUUGUUAGCAUAAUACAGGUUUUAACGGCUGCGAUUAGGAAACGUGGAUUAAAGCGACCGGAUGGCUUACCACACUCUCUCUUCAAUCCUGUCCACAAAAAUUCUAUCAACACCAUGCUUCCAUACACGGAUCAAUUCAGGUUCCUUGACAAAGCUGCAAUCUUGACCGUCGAAGAUAAGAUCAACGCCGAUGGAUCGGCCGCUGAUCAGUGGAGGCUUUGCAGCAUCCAACAAGUGGAAGAGCUGAAAUGCCUAUUGAGAGUGAUUCCCGUAUGGAGCUCUGGUAUUCUAUUCUUCAUCCCAAUCGUCCAAAAUUCAACAUACGUAGUCGUCCAAGCCCAACAAUCCGAUCGCCACCUUGGCUCAUACGAGAUCUCAGCCGCUUCGUUCACUAUCUUCGCCAUGAUUACAAUGACGAUUUGGAUACCCAUCUACGAUCGCAUCUUGGUCCCAUUCAUCCGACGGCUGACAGGCAAGGAAGGCGGGAUCACAUUACUCCAGAGGAUGGGUGCUGGUGUUUUUCUCUCCAUAUUCUCGAUGCUAGUCUCUGGCCUGGUGGAACGUCACCGUCGGUACAUCGCCCUUCAUCAUCCGACGCUUGGAACUGCAUCUGGUGGUGGUGCGAUCUCAUCUAUGUCAGCUCUUUGGUUGGUCCCACAGCUUGGUAUUGCUGGCCUAUCAGAGGCGUUCAGCGCAAUCGGGCAAGUGGAGUUUUACUACAAGCAGUUCCCAGAGAAUAUGAGGAGUGUUGCUGGGUCCCUCCUCUUCAUCGGUAUGGCGUGUUCUAAUUAUUUGAGCAGUUUGAUGGUUGCGAUUGUCCAUCAGACUACGAAUCGAGGUGGGGCCCACAACUGGUUGCCUGAGGAUCUCAAUAAUGGGAGAUUGGAGUACUUCUAUUUCCUCAUUGCUGGCUUAGGGAUUGUGAAUUUUGGGUAUUUCCUUGCAUGCUCUCGUUGGUAUAGAUACAAGGAUACGGAUGGGCCCAGUGAGAUUGCCAUGGAAUCCAACGGUUCAAAAGCUCACCCAGUUUGAGUUUAAAUCUAGGAAAAGGAGGGCUUGGAACUACACCAACUAGACCUAAUCAAAGCAUGUAUACUUAUCACUUUUUAAGUGGGCCGGCCCACCUUGGAAAGCAUACUCAUGUCUUCAUUUCUGACAAAUAAGGCUCAUGUUUCGGUAAUCCAGACCGUAGAUCUCUCGUGUGAUAACGUGGAUAUACUGUAACCCAAAAAUCUCCUCUGUUGGACUACUCCACCUUUCAAUUUGUAGCAUACAGGUAAACAACGGUCAACAUUCAACUAAACAAAAGCCCUAACGUUGGUUGCUGGGAUAAUCCAAUCUUGAUAUUUUGGGGACAUGUUCCGUCCAUCCUUCAACAGAACAGACCAAUGGUUUGGAUUACUGAAUCAUGAGCCUCAGUUGUUAGAAUCAAAGCACAUCAGGUGGGACAUGGUUCCUCUCUUAGUCAAAGGUUAUAAUGCUUUGGUAACAGGAAGAAAAAGAGCUUGAAUUAUACAAAGCUUUGUACGUGUGCCUUUUCAUGGUUUAGGUGCAUCCAAGUGCAUUUAAGUGUGGUCUAAGUUCAUCCAAGUGCAUUUGAGUGUGGUCUAAGUGGGUCUAAGUGAAUGAAAGUAUGUUGAACACACUUACAAAUGCACUUAGACUGCACUCAGAUGCACUUAGUUGUACUUGAACAUACUUAUACCUACUUAGAUAUAUAUGCAUUGUAUAUGAACAAAGCUUUGUAAUCGAUCUAGGAUGAAAAUGAAGGAAGACAUACAUCAAGAGAAAAUAUCCAUGAUCUUGAGAGGUUCUAUCAAUUCACUUGUAGUCCUAAGUUGAAACACUCCAUGUUUGUCCUUGAAUGUAGUUUAUGUGUGCCAAAAUAAUUAAAGGAAAUCAAGUGUCUUUCAUCA